CAUUUCGGCAUUACGGCGGAAACGCGCACUGAUCCUGCAGCUCUAUUGUUUGUAUAGGAGGUUGUGUAAAAGCCGUAGGCGUUGGAAACCCAUACGAAAUCACAGGAAAACGAAAGUCAUACUUUACCGUAAACCGCCUGGUGUCGGCUGCUGGGCGGUGUAGGCCUCGCGACUCCCGCAUUGAUGGGCCUGGGGCCGCGUGCUGCGCGCAAGGUCGGUGAUACUCAAGAUGUCUUACCCUCCUCACCUCAAUCGGCAACAAAUUGGGAUUCCUCAGCUGCCACCUGGAAUCCCUCCUCCCCAGUUUACUGGGUUUCCCCCUGCAGUGCCACCAGGAACUCCUAUGAUUCCUGUCCACAUGGGCCUUAUGACCCCUGCACCCACGGUUCUUGUUCCCACCACAGUGUCAAUGGUUGGGAAGCCUGUAGGUCCUCGUAAGGAGGUCACCGGCACUCGAACCAAGGAUGCAGAAGAGAGCGGCGGCCCUACCACCACCGUUUUUGUGGGAAAUAUCUCAGAGAAGGCAUCUGACAUGCUGGUCCGGCAGCUGCUGGCGAAAUGUGGCUUGGUCUUGAGCUGGAAGAGGGUUCAGGGAGCCUCUGGAAAACUUCAAGGUAAAAAUAAAACAGCUUUUGGGUUCUGUGAAUACAAGGAGCCAGAGUCCACGCUGCGUGCACUGCGACUCCUGCAUGAGCUUCAGAUAGGUGAUAAGAAGCUGCUUGUUAAGGUGGAUGCAAAGACCAAGGCCCAACUGGAUGAGUGGAAAGCCAAGAAGAAGAGUGCUAAUGGGACAGCAAAGGUGGAGGAUGGAGACAAGGGUGAAGAGGAAGAAGAGGUGCUGGAUGAGGAGAUGAAGCGGCGGGACCAGAUAGUGAAAGGGGCAAUUGAGGGCCUCAUAAGGGAGUAUUCCAGCGAACUCAAUGCCCCAUCACAGGAUGCAGAUACCCACCACCGUAAGAAAAGGAAAGAGAAGAAGGAGGAAGAGGACAUAAAUGCAAUUGAGAUGGAGGAAGACAAGAGAGAUUUGAUUUCCAGAGAGAUCAGUAAAUUUCGGGAUACUCACAAGAAACUCGAAGAAGAGAAGGGGAAGAAGGAGAAAGAACGACAGGAGAUUGAGAGGGAGAGAAGGGAGAGAGACAAGGAGCGAGAGCGGGAGAGGGAGCGACGAGAGCGGGAGAGGGAGAAGGAGCGGGAGAGAGAGAGAGAGAAAGAGAGGGAGAAGGAGCGCGAGAGGGAGCGUGACCGAGAUCGAGAAAGAACAAAGGACAAGGAGCGGGAGAGAGAGAGAGAGCGGGAAAAGGAGAGGAGUCGUGACCGCAGCAAGGACCGCAGCAGGUCAAGGGAGAAGAACAGAGAUGAUAAGAAGCGUGACCGUGAGGAAGACGAAGAGGAAGCCUAUGAGCGCAGGAAACUGGAGCGGAAGCUGAGGGAGAAGGAAGCAGCUUAUCAGGAACGUCUGAAAAACUGGGAAAUUCGUGAGCGGAAAAAAGCUCGGGAGUAUGCUAAGGAGUUGGAAAGGGAAGAGGAGCGGCGUAGAGAAAUGGCAAAAGAAGCCAAACGACUAAAAGAGUUCUUGGAAGACUAUGAUGAUGACAGAGAUGACCCGAAAUACUAUAGAGGUAGUGCCCUGCAAAAACGCCUCAGGGACAGAGAGAAGGAGAUGGAGGUGGACGAAAGGGACCGGAAAAGAGAAAAGGAGGAGCUAGAGGAGAUACGGCAGAGGCUGCUGGCUGAGGGCCAUCCAGACCCUGAUGCAGAGCUGCAGCGGAUGGAGCAGGAGGCAGAGCGCCGCCGUCAGCCACCAGUGAAGCAAGAACCAGAGUCGGAAGAGGAAACGGAGGACAAGAUGCAGAAGGAUGAACGGGAUAAGAGGGGUGGAGGCACAGCAGGAGGAGAGACCCUGGAGCCAGAUCCUCAUUCAGAGGACGAGGUGGAGGAUGAAGAAGAUGUGGAUGAGGCAGAUGAUGAGGUGCCCGAGCCGAAGCCCUGUAUGAAACCCACCCUGCGGCCCAUCACAGCAGCUCCUUCAGUGUCCUCUGCCAGUGGCAAUGCCUCACCCAACACCCCUGGUGACGAGUCUCCAUGUGGAAUCAUCAUCCCCCAUGAGAAUUCUCCUGAGGCUCCACCUCCUGAAGAGCACCGCCCCAAAAUUGGUCUUAGCCUUAGACUUGGCUCAGUAAGCAGUCCAGGCCAACCAAAUGCAGUGAAGCGCAAGAAGCUAGCUGUGGACAGUGUCUUCAACAAAUUUGAUGAUGAGGAGGCAGAUGAGCUGCCCCGCAAGAGGAAGCUGGUGCCACUAGACUAUGGUGAAGAUGAAAAGGGGGGUCUAGGCUUGGAUGGGGCAGAGGUUGCUGGCACCAAAGGCAGCGUGAACACAGAGGAAAAACGUAAACACAUCAAGAGUCUGAUCGAGAAGAUUCCCACUGCUAAGCCUGAGCUCUUCUCCUACCCACUGGAUUGGGCCAUUGUUGACUCGACUCUAAUGGAGCGUCGAAUCCGACCAUGGAUCAAUAAGAAGAUUAUUGAGUACAUUGGUGAAGAGGAGGCCACUUUAGUUGACUUUGUGUGUUCAAAGGUGAUGGCGCACAGCACACCGCAGGGCAUCCUUGAUGAUGUUGCCAUGGUACUGGAUGAAGAGGCUGAGGUCUUCAUUGUAAAAAUGUGGAGGUUAUUGAUAUAUGAAACUGAAGCUAAGAAGAUUGGUCUUGUGAAAUAAUCAGACUUUUGCUUUUGUCUUUUUUGACUUUCUCACCAUUGUUACCAACCAUUCUGUACCCCUUCAUUACUUAAACAGUAGCCCAAGAAAAAAGAACUCUGGGGUAUACUUUUUAAGCAAAAGCUGUAAAGAUGAGGACUUUCCCACCACCUGCUAAAGAGACUUUUACAUCUGGUAGAACUGCAACUCCUUUGUGUCUGAAAGCGAGAGAGAUUGAGAUUGCAUGUUUGUACAUGGUGAUGUAAGUGCACUACUGUCAAAGUGCCCAUAUGGCUAACUGCAUGGCCAGAUGUUAUUUUUUCUGAUCUCUGUUGCCCUAUAGUUCAGAAUAGAAGAGUGGGACUGAGGAUAGGUGAUGGAACCUGGUGUACUUCACCAUCUUGUUGGCACUUGGUAAAAGAUUGCUUUUGUGCCCGUCAGUCUUGUCAAUUUCAAUUCAGUUUUUGUUUGGGGGGGGGGGGACAGUGCUCUUGAACUGUGGAAAGAUUAUUUUUGCUUUUGUCCAGUUAACAUCAAUGCACCAUCCAAUAGUUUUUUUUUUUUUUUAUAUUAUUAAAUGUUUACCUAAUCUCAUGGCUUGCCGGACUUAAUAUGGUUAGGUACUGGUCUGUCUGUUUUCUUGGGUUUCCAGGAAAUGUUUUGGCACACUGAAAGGACUCAACUGAAAUGUUCUUGCUGCUCAAAGUCAUUCUGUUGCAGCUUUGUCCCCUUGAUUGUCUUGUAGAAUUUGAACAAUUAAAAUGAUUUUUUAAAAAAAAUAUUUUGUAUGAAUUGCAGUUGUAUGAUAUGGAGAGAACUUUAGUGAAGGAGGUUGCUAGUCACAGGCACUGAUGUCAGGAAAGGUAAAUGUAAAUACAGAAGUUAUAUUCAGUAUGAAUAACUGAAGUAAAUUAAGCUAUCUGGUUAAGCCUAACUUCUGCUCAUGUUUCAUAUCUUGCUAAUUAGAGCCUUACUUUCUCUCUGGAGUACAGGGUUUUCCCAAUCCCGACCUCACGUGUCUGCUGUUCAUGCUGCUUUUUUGAUUUGGAUUGUCUUAAAUUUUGCCUUUUUAUAAUUUUUGUGCCUUGACCAUUUGAACAUUUUAUUCAUACUCAUUACUUGUAAUGUGAAACUGGAACUAGUUCUAAGCAGUUAAACUGACUUAAUAACAAUUGGGUCAGAUUCUGCUGAAGUUUCUGGACCUUAAUUUUAGUUAAGAUGCAUACUGAUUUGUACUGUUAGGAGCGCUUAUG